AGGUGAAAGAGAGAAAGGUGCACGCCAUAACUGCGUUUCCCCUCUGUUCCCCCUACCUCUCGUGUGCACAAGUCGUCAGUCGAAUUGUCGAAUUUUAAUGGCGGCCGAUCCUAACUCCCCGCGUAGUGUUAUUGUAAAAUUGACGGAAGUGUGGUGCCCUAUGUACGUUUUUUAAGUGAUAUCUUUACGGAUUAUAGUGCAAUAAUAGUGGAACAUCAUCAAACCAUUGCCUUUUUCUUUUUGUGAGCUCUAAUUUUGCUUUAAAGAAAGGGUCAUGGUAGGGUAUUCCAGCGAUGGGUCGUAGGGACUCACCCGUUUUCACCCGUGUAUUCAUCUUUGCCCUCUUUAACUCUACACCUUCAUUUAUAAAGAGGUGUGGAUGAAUGAACGUGAUGCAGAUACCUGGACAUAUAUGUUGCUGGUAGUGCCAACUUGAAGCUGGCCAACUACCAGCUGGGCACGUGUGUUCCUCCAGUUGAAACCUUUAAAUUCUCCUGUCCAAUCCUGUGUGCGCUCGCCCGUUCGCGAGUGCGUCUCUCAGCCUUGCUAUCAUCGUCCACGCACCAUGAGAUUCUCAGGACAAUCGUCCUUUCCCGUUCGUCCUCUCGUGCCGCCACCACCCCGAUUGCCAUCAUCACGUCCAUCAUUGGAUCCCUUGUCGUCGUUCUCGUCGUCAUCGUCCUUCACGUGCAUUGCCAUUUGGUUCCUCUUGAUAAUGACGACCGUGGCCAUCGAUACACCCGCAAAUCUACCCAAUCACGAGGCACAAUCGCCCCACGUCGUAGUACAAUUCCCCGUAGUAGGCGAUCAACGCCAAGGUCUCAUUCCCACACAUCUCAAUGCAUCCAGAGAGAAUUCUCUCAUUUUCAAUCAUUUUACAUUCGAUCCGAAUAGUGGACGUCUCUACGCUGGCGCUGUUAACCGAUUAUUCCAAUUGGACUCAAAUUUACGUCUCGAAGAAUUUGUCGCAACUGGACCUAGAUUAGAUAAUCCACAGUGCCAUGCGACGGGAUGUACUUCCAGUGACAUGACCACAUCACUGAUGAACAACAUCAAUAAACUGCUCGUGGCCGACCUCGAAUCAAAGACACUGAUCGUUUGUGGCUCUCUGCUUCAAGGCGCCUGUGAAAAGUACAAAAUGUCGAACAUAUCCCUGAAACCCGAGUUCAUUCCCCACAGUGUUGCAGCGAACGACGAAAAUUCAUCGACCUACGCCUUCAUUGGUCCUGAGCGUUAUAAUCCUUGGGGCCGGACAAAUAUCCUCUACGUUGGCACAACAUUCACAAAUAAUGGCGAAUAUCGUCACGAUGUACCAGCGAUAUCGAGUAGAAAUCUUUAUUCACUUGAAUUUGCCGAGUACACAUUUAAUAAGCAAUCAAUUUUACAUAUUGACGUCAAGUAUCGUGAUCAUUUUUUGGUGAAAUAUGUCUAUGGUUUUAAUGCAAGCGAUUAUGCUUAUUUUGUACUUGUACAAAAGCAAUCCUAUCUACCUGAACAAGAGGAAUUGGGUUAUGUCUCGCGUCUAGCACGCAGCUGUAUAAGCGAUGCAAAUUACGAUAGUUAUACGGAAGUGACACUUCAAUGUAGCGUCGAUGGACGAGCUGAUGUUUUUAAUUUGGUACAAGAUGCAAAAGUCGCUGCUGCUGGAAGUGAUUUGGCAAUGCAAUUGGGAAUAUCGAUUGGUGAUCCUAUUUUUGUUGCCGUCUUCUCGCCAAGUAAAGGAAUUACGAAUGACGCACUGCCAAAAUCUGCACUAUGCGUUUAUAGUCUACAGGACAUCGAAACAAAAUUCAACGAAAACAUUCACAUGUGUUUUAAUGGAAGUAUCAAGUAUAGAAAUAUGGGAUAUGUCAGUGGACCUAUUCAGGAUGGAAAGUGUCCUGCGGCUGGGACCACUGGGAAUAUAUUGAAUUUCUGUGAAGUGGGCCUGAAAAUUUCCGGUGUCUCGCCAAUUGUUGGGCAAAAUAUUGUUAAUUUUCCUGAUACUUACGUGACGUCUAUUAGUAUAGCAACAACUGAAAGUCAUACAGUGGCCUUCUUAGGAACCAGCGAAGGAACAUUGAAGAAAGUUUUACUGUCAGGAAUGGAUGCGUCGGUCUACGAGACAAUUGUCGUUGAUAAGGGACAGAAAAUAUUGGCGGACACUGCCAUUGCACCUAGUGGUGAACAUUUAUACGUUUUAUCACUGUCGAAAAUUUCGAAAGUCAAAGUGGAGCACUGCAGUAGUUAUACGAAUUGCACUAGCUGUUUAGAAGCGAGAGAUCCUUACUGUGGUUGGUGUUCACUGGAGAAAAGAUGCACCGUGAGGAAAGCUUGUCAAAAAGCAAGUCGAAGCAGUCCGAGAUGGCUGUCGUUGGGAACAGGACAACAGUGCAUUGACUUUGAACAAGUGCUUCCCGAUAGAAUUCCAAUUAAUCAAAUGACAACGGUUCAAUUAACGAUUAGAACACUGCCUGAAUUGCCAACUGGCACAACAUAUAAAUGUGUAUUUGGCAUUGCCGAGCCAAUUGAUGCAUCAAUGACAGGCUUUGGACUCUCUUGUCCAACUCCAAUGACAUCAUCGAGACCAAAUAUUCCCGAAGGCACUGAUCAUAUUUUAGUUCCACUCUCAGUGCGAUCCAGUGAAACCAACAAGGACUUUGUGUCGCGGAACUUUGCCUACUUUGAUUGUUCCAGGCAUACUGUUUGCUCAGAUUGCGUUAAAUCUCAAUGGGCUUGCAGCUGGUGUGUCUAUGACAACAAAUGCACACAUAAUACCAGUGGAUGUCAGGGAAACAUCAUUUCUGGCGAGAAUAAUCAAGCGAAUCUUGCCGCCCAUGGAGUGCAAUACUGUCCUCGUUUCGUUCAUCGAGAUUCACGUCUCAUGUUGCCGAAUAAUGUGCCGAAAGAAAUUGCACUCGAAGUGGAGAAUUUACCGCAUCCACAAGUUGGACACACGGGUUUCCAGUGCAUUGUGACAAUUGAGGGAGCAAAUUUACGUGUACAAGCGCGCGUUGACAGUAGUCGAUUCAUCGUUUGUGAUAAAACAAUCUACUCGUACGAGGCACUUUCCGGUGAAUAUGAAGCGGCAGUGACAGUUGUUUGGAAUACGAAUCAUCACGUGGAUCAGACGACGAUUGUUCUUUACAAAUGCGAAGUGCUUGGAUCACAUCGUGAGCACGCUGAUUGUUCUCUAUGUGUCACGAGGGAUAAACGUUACGAAUGCACUUGGUGUGGAAAUAGUUGCGUCUACCGACACUCGUGUCUUCAUUCGCCAUUUUCCGAAUGUCCAAAGCCAAGAAUUGACAUGAUUAAACCGCUGAGUGGGCCAAUUGAGGGCGGAACUUUAGUCACCAUCGAGGGUAGUAAUCUUGGUUUGAAGGAGACGGAUGUCGAGGGUAAAAUUCACAUUGGCAAUACUCCGUGUGUUUUGGUUGACUAUGAAGUGUCGGUGAGGAUUGUUUGUCGAACGGGUCGUCAUGAGGCGACGGACACGGCGACCGUUGUCGUGGGCAAUGUCGCUGGUUACACCGAGAGUGCAGUGCUGUUCAACUACAAGGACAUAAGACUCACCGGUGUCUAUCCAUCGGUGGGACCACAGAGCGGAGGAACGAGACUUGCCAUCACUGGAUCUUAUCUGAACAUUGGAAGCAAAAUUGCCGCCUAUUUGGAUGAACUGCCUUGUCAUGUGAACGCGACACAGGCGAGUAGCACACGACUCACUUGUAUCUCGAGUAAGGCGAGUCACGUCAGGAAAAUACGUCGACUCACGCUGAGCAUUGACGGCGCGAAUAGAACACUCGAGGGAAAUCCUUAUAAUUACACUCACGAUCCAACAAUCAUGGAAAUAAAACCAUUGAGAAGUUUUGCAUCCGGUGGACGAAUGAUCACUGUUCACGGUACAAAUUUGGACACAAUUCAGAAACCUGAAAUGGAAGUUUACGUGGAAAAUGAAUCGAAAGCUGUCAAUAGAACUGUCUGCACUGUUUUGAAUCCAACACAAAUGGAAUGUCCGAGUCCAAGUGUCGCUGGUAGAUUUAGAGCGUUGAGCAUGAUUAGGAAACGGAAUAAGAGAACAACGCAGAGAAAGGAAACGCAAUUGGCCCUAAAAAUUGGCUUUAUCAUGGACAAUGUAGAAACGGUUCGCGAUUUAGAGAAACACUUUCAAAAUAUGAGAAAUCGUCUUCUGUACGUUGAAGAUCCGAAAUUCUUUCCAUUCCCACGUGAUGUGAAACUUUACAAAGGUGAUACACUUGUCAUUGAGGGUGAGAAUUUAAUUUACGCAAGUGAUGAGUCCGAUGUGAAUGUAACUGUCGGUACUUUGCCCUGUAACGUCACUUCACUUGCUUUGACACAAUUGGUCUGCAUACCACCGGAUCAGCAACCUGCCGAUACAGACGAACUUGGAGCAAAGACAGAUCGUGGUUUACCUCUUGUUGUCGUUCGAAUCGGUCGUAGUCUUCGUUUUCCAAUUGGCUAUCUACAUUAUGACGUGAUUAAGUCGUAUCCAAUUCCACCGGAAGCAAUAGCGGGCAUCGCCGCUGGCACUCUUGGACUCGUGUUUCUCUUCGCACUAGUCUUGGUGAUUUACAGAAGGAAGAGUACACAGGCCGAGAGGGAGUAUAAGAGAAUUCAGAUUCAAAUGGACACUUUGGAGAGUAACGUGAGAAUGGAAUGUAAGCAGGCGUUUGCUGAAUUGCAAACUGAUAUGACGGACCUGACGGCUGAUUUGGAGUCGUCGGGGAUACCGACAUUGGAUCAUAAGAAUUAUAUAAUGAAAGUCUUCUUUCCCGGGGUUAUAGAUCAUCCGAUUUUGAACGAUCCGAGGAGUAAAUCGACAUUGACAAGGACAAAUUACGAUGCGGCGAUGGUGCAGUUUGAUCAAUUGGUUAAUAACAAGUGUUUUAUUCUGACAUUCAUUGAAACUUUGGAAGCACAGAAGGACUUUAAUAUCAGGGACAAGGUGAACGUUGCUUCUCUUCUUAUGAUCGUUCUCAUGAGUAAAAUGGAAUACGCCACCGAUAUUUUGAUGAAUCUUCUAUUGCGACUCAUUGACAAAUCAGUGGAUACGAAACAUCCGCAAUUAAUGUUGAGACGAACAGAAUCGGUUGUGGAGAAAAUGCUGACAAAUUGGAUGGCGUUGUGUAUGUACAACUACUUGAAGGACUACGCGGGUUCGUCGCUCUUUCUCCUCUUCAAGGCAAUUAAGCAUCAGAUUGAGAAAGGACCGGUCGAUGUUAUAACACACGAUGCAAGGUACUCCCUGUCUGAGGAGCGUCUCCUUCGGGAGCAAAUCGAUCACUCGGUUGUCACACUCCACGUCGUGCAGGACGAUCUCGACGAGAAGAUUCAAUGCAAAGUGCUCGAUUGCGACACGAUAAGUCAAGUGAAGUCGAAAAUUCUGGACGCGUUGUAUAAAAAUACACCCUUUUCUCUCCGACCCUCCGUCCAUGAGGUUGAUCUCGAAUGGAGGCAUGGACGCGGUGGUCAUCUCACUCUCCAGGACGAGGAUUUAACCACAAAGUGCAAUGGCGAUUGGAAGAAGAUCAACACUCUCGCUCACUAUGGAGUGAAAGAAUCUGCUGUCAUGUCGUUAAUUCCCAGACAGAAUGACGGCUUCUCAGUUGCUUGUAAACAACCCUGUCACAAUUGCAAACCAUCCCAUCAACAUCUUCUACCCCAGCAGCAUCUUCAUCAACAGCACUACAAUAGACACAUUAAUCAUUGUUCAACAUUGCACUUACCAACAACGCCAAAUCAUGGAUUGAUCAGUCCCACAUUGUACUCACAUCCGCCAGGUGGUGGUAUUUAUUUCGAUCCUCAACAUUCGCCGCCGAUGAUCACGGCGAAUGGCGAUAUUGAAAGUGGUCACGGUGGCAAUCAGAGACUUUAUCAUCUCGUGAGGCCAUUGGAUGAAGUUCACUACGGCCCGGGAAUGGGCUACGCAAGUAGUAAGCAACAUCACAAUCCGGAACGAACACAUAAAGCAAUACCUGAGAUAUUCCUCACUCGUUUAUUAUCAACGAAGGGAACUGUACAGAAAUUUGUUGACGAUUUCUUGAAUACAAUUCUCACGGCAAAUGACGCAUUGCCGAGUGCUGUCAAAUGGUUAUUUGAUCUAUUGGAUGAGGCUGCCAAGAGGCAUGGAAUUGUUGAUCCCGAAGUACCUCAUGCAUGGAAAUCGAAUAGUUUACCAUUGAGAUUUUGGGUGAAUUUUAUCAAAAAUCCUGAUUUUAUGUUUGAUAUUAAUAAAACAACAACUGUUGAUUCAAGUCUGUCGGUGAUUGCGCAAACAUUCAUGGACGCGUGUUCAACGACUGAACAUCGACUCGGCAAGGAUUCGCCAUCGAAUAAAUUGUUAUUCGCCAAGGAUAUACCUCACUAUAGAGAAAAGGUCGGACGCUUUUAUUUGGAUGUACAGAGACUACCGCAAAUCACUGAUCAGGAAAUGUCGAGUGCCAUGCAACAACUCAGUGCGUCACAUGCUAAUGAGUUUGAUGUGAUCGCAGCACUUAAGGAGUUGUAUAUCUAUGUCAGUAAAUACUACGAACAAAUUCUCGAGGCCUUGGAGACAGAUGCUGGCUGUCGCAAGUUACAUCUAGCACAUAGAUUGGAAAAUGUGGCGUGCACACUCGAGGGAGAAGAGACUAGUGCCUGCUGACACAACCUUUCAUCAAUUAUUGUGGAACCCGUCGAUUUCUCCAGAAAUACUGAUUAGUGCCUCCACUUGAAAGCAUCAGGAUACACCUCGUUACAUAUGUACAAAUUUACCAAGCCCACGCGACUUGACGAGAGAGGAACUCCACACAAAUUUGUUCAACGGAUUAAACUUUUUCACAAUUUUUAAUUCGACAAUAUUUGCGGUUUCUCCCCCCCAAUUAUCGCCCGGCACACAACAGUUUUCUUUUAAGCGAUUUUCAAAAAAAGAAAAACACCCUCGCACGAACUCUCACAGAAUUAAUCCAAAAAAGAAAGAAAGAAAAAAAAACUAUAUUGAAGAGAGGAGAGGAGAGAAAACUACCCUUACCGUCCAUUAAAUGAUGACGAAAAAGAAAAAUCCCUCACUAAAACAUCGACACCUUCUUCUGUCAAAGUUCGUGUAAGGUAACUAACAAGAUUUUUAAAAUAGACUUUGUUAAAGGGAUAACAAAAAAAAAAUGCAAGUGAGAAAGCCAUAGUGUCCACCAGACUGUUUGUAUACAUAAUUCUUUUGUAUACAGCAGCGAGUAGUCUGUGAUCCGAGCACACGAGUGGCUAUGCCUAUUAUCUUCAUUAUUAUUAUUAUUGAUGAUAUGUUAUAUAAUUAAAAAAAAAUUACAUAAGAUAUAUAUAAAAAUAUACAUAUAUAUAAAUAAAUAUAUAUAUGAGAAGCAAGAAAUCACUCAACAGACGCGGAUUGUAGUGAGCUAGCUAGAGAGGGACUAUAUAUGUGUAAAAUAAAGGGAUGAAGGAAGAGCACGAAAGAAAACAAAAGAUAUUAAAUUUCUAUAAAUGGUAACUAAGGUUAAAGGGAAAAUAAAAAAAAACAAAACAAAAUGAAUUAGGGUCGGGGGGAAUAAUGAAGUCAAGAGAGCAGCUCAGUCUACUCUAGGCCUAGCUACGUAUUUCCAAGUACGUAAAUUUCUUAUUUUUGCUUUGUUU